CGCUCACGACAUAAGGAUCGGAUUUUAAUUAAUAGCAACUAAGGCAGCACUAAGUGUGAACAGAAACAAAAAUUCUAAGUGCAAAUUAUAAAUAGAAUUUUAAAGAAGAAAUUCGAGUGACAACUGCUUAACAGCAGCAACGUGAAUUGAAGCGCACACAACAAGAACAAAUUAUAAUAUGAAUAUUGAUUUAGAAUAUGACUAUUCAGAGGCUUUAAAGAGGCAGGGUCAUACACAAGCAGAUGUUGAUGCAAUUAGAAAUCUCGUCAGUCAAUAUCCGCAUAUACCAAAGUCUAUAACUGACAAACAACUCCUACUAUUCCUAGACUCAUGUGGAGGAGCAGAAGAAGGAGCCAAAGUAUGUAAGCUUUACUACACCAUGAAACAGAAAAAUGUCGAACACUUCAAACUUCGAGAUCCAACUCAUCCAAAAAUUCAGCAGUGCUUAGCAAAUCAAGACUACUUUUAUCUUCCAAACACUCCAACGGGCGAUGUCGUUGUCUUUCAUCGACUAUCAAGUUCUCGUGCUUCUGAUUACGUCUUUGAUGAGGCAAUCAAAACAUUCUUUAUGACUAUUGAUUCAUGCAUUCAGAAGAAUGGUCCACAUGAUGGUGCUAUAUUCUUAUUUGAUAUGAAAGGUGUCGGUUUGAUGCACUUGACACGAGUUAAUGUUUCGUCCAUAAGAAAAUUCUUCCAAUAUUUACAAGAGGCUGUUCCAGGCAAGCUUCGAGCUAUUCAUGUUUUUAAUGUUGUCUACUUUUUUGACAAGGUUUUAGCACUGAUCAAGCCUUUCAUGAAAGCUGAAAUAUUGAAGAACUUACAUCUACAUUCCUCUGGCCUUGACUUGGAGAAAUUCUACAAGGAGCACGUCCCAAAGUCGUCACUUCCAAGCGAUUUCGGUGGAGAUAUGCCGUCUAUAAAGGAGCUACAUGAAAAGCAUUGUAAGGAAUUCGUGAGACUAAGACCAUACUUUUUGGCUGAGGAGAAGCAAGCUGCUUUAAUGCUCGAUAACUGUGAUAAAACUUCCUUAAAUAAGGAACUGCUCAUUGAGAAUGAAAGGAACUUAAAGUCUAUUUCCAUUGAUUAGAAUUUUAAGCUUUUAAGACUCAUGUUAACUUUUUAUAUUACUUUUGGUUAUAAAUGUGUAAUUUAUGGGAUGAUAUAAUUAUAAUAAAGAAGAUUG